GACUUGAAAAUAACCCCGCCGCGGGAAGACUCCCGGACUAUUAAUAGUUUACCGACGUGAGAGUAUCUUUGUCGCGGGUUCGGCACCAUCUACGCACGGUUCGCCCGCAAAAUCCGCCGAUACAGUUCGGGUGCGUGCACGUGUGCGUUCAUUGCCCUAAAGCGUCAUCGCGAUGCGCACCUGACGCCUUCAUCCUCGAUAGUUCGGUGAAGACAUCGGUUUCCGGGCGACUCCGGACGAAUUCGAGGCACUCAGUCGGGAAGGCGAGAACGCGGAGCAACGGAGAAAGAGGAGGUCGAGACGGCAGGACUGAUCGUGCCAAAAGAAGUUCGUCCGGCGGACACGUCGGGAGACUCGACGAGAGUUCCGCGAUUUUUCGCGUUUUCGCGCAGCCGAACUGGAAGGAACUUAAAAGCGCGUGUUUCGAGUGAAUCUAAAUAAAGAACUAUGCAGCGCGGCGGUUGAGGCGGGGCGCGGUGCUUCGCCAGACGGAAUAUGCGAGAGUGAGUAAGAAUGGUACAGCGAGCCGCAUGCAGCAACGAAACGAGCGCAUCCCUCAAUGGCGUACCGAGCAGCGACCGCGACGGAAGAACGUCCGGCGUCGUCGUCGCGACGGACGCGGUGAUAGCGCCGGGUGCCGUGGAUGGUAAGGCGACAGCCUCUUUGACGCGCGACAGCGGCAGGUUCUCGUUGUUCAGGUGGUUCAAGCGCAAUCGCGACUCAACCGUGGAGAAACGACGGAGAACGAGGCCGGACGAUGGAGUCGUCCGACGCAGCGUCUACUCCAGCGUGGAGAGCGUAGACACCUUCUACAGCACCACUACGGUCCGUAGUUUCGCGUUCCACGCGGGAACUCUGGGCCGUUGCGACGUGUUGUCCCUGGACAUCCUUAAGCAGGCCGCUGAGGUCGGUCCAUUCGCUGCCGGAGCCUCUAAAGUGUCCGCAGGUGACAAAGAGAACAACGUGUCGACUAUCGCGUGCACGUUACCGGCCAACGUGCACUCCAGGAGACGAGACAUCACCGCUAGGUACUCGCUGCACCCGUCGACGACCUUCGGUUCGUGCGGAAGUUUCCCGUCGCCCGACAAACGUCUGUUCAGCUCGUCGAGGAGACUCGACGAACGUGCGCGAGCCAGUUUCAAUGGAUCCGUGCAGCGACGGGUCCACGUAAAGGGAAAACGGAGAGCACCCAAUCCUCCCGGUACGCUGGUCAAGGUCGUAGAGGUCAAUGUACGGGAGACGCCCAGAAACGGCAGUAGGCGAAAGCGACGAGCACCGCGACCUCCGGAAAAAGCCGUGGAAAAUUGUUACGCCGAGGAGAGGACAAAGAUCACUAAUGGAGGCAUGAACGUAGAACGGAAAGACAUCGACGAGGCACAGUCGAUUAGCAACGACACGUUGGUACUUCAGGGUGGUAUGUUGCUGUCGAAGAAAGAAGUUUGCGGGACUUCGAACGUCGCCAAGGACGUCGGCGGUGAUGUCGGGCCGUCCAACGUGGCGGUUCUUCAGGAAAGAGCGCAGAGUCCUGUUUCUUCCCUCGGCAUGCCACGACCUUGGUACAAACGCAGCGUCUUCGAGCACUCCCGUGAGCAUCCCGGCCCGUCCAAGAGAGGCGUCAUUCUUCGCGGCAACCCCGCGACGUCCGUGGCGAUGAAGGAGGAAUACGUUGGGACGACUUCUUCUACAAGUUAUUCCGUCGACGCUUCCCUGUCGAGAUUAAACUUUUUCCAUCGUGGUGAGCGGCAGAGUGACGACAGAAUGCGGGAGGCUAAGCGCAAGUCCGGACUUUCCAUCUUGACGAACAUCAGCGAGCUGGACAAAGAAGCAGCAGCGAUUGUCCAGGAAGAACAAGCGCGAGCUCGAGCGUCGAUGAUAUUGAAAACGUCAGCACUCGCCGACGCCUUCGAGAAGAGGAACGAUAUCAAUGAAGAAAUCGUCCAGGACAUAGUCACUUCGGCGAUAGAGGCGACCUCGUCGCCUCGACGGGGCACCCGUGCGCUGAUCUCAAAGUUCAACGCCAUCAGCAAUAUCACCAAGGUCACGGUCAAUAGCAAUUUCUUCGCUAAAAGAGAUCAAACAGGCUUGAAGCUCGAAGACAGAGACGCAGCGAGGAACAGCAGAUUCGAACACGUCGGGGACUGGAGAGACCAGAGACAUUCGACCCAGCAAGAUCUCAAGCAAAGCGUUCGUGUUGAUAAGGACAUAUCCAGAUACUUCUUACCGCAGCAACGAACUUCGAGAAAUAACAUCGAAGCGAGACACGUAGAUGUGAACAUUAAGACCAGCUCAAGCAAAGAACAAAACGAUCAACUGAUGAGGGAUACAUCUAAUAGAAUAUCACUUCUGCAAAGUCAGCUUGCAUCAAAUCGUAUGAGCGAGCCGAUAAAUACUCAGAAACACAUAGCGUUCCCGAUAAUGGAAGGAAAGUCGAGAUCGCGACAGGAAAUCGCCGAAGAAAGGAAAGACAAAGACUCACCGAGACUUAACAACGAGACCAAUAGGAAAUUUUUGUUUUCUCGCGCUCGUAACUCGGCUGAAAGCACGGAAAACACGUUAGAUCCCUUAAGAGAGAGGACACAGAAGGACAGGGAGCAAAUAGGUGAGGUGCAGAAGGAAUUCUCGGACAUUUUCAAUGAGAUCGACCGACAACUGCGUUCAAGGGAGUUCAAGCUCAUUGAGCGGAAACCAGCGAUCGUCGGAUCCGGCGACGUCAGGGCCAAAGUUGCAGAGGAUGAAACCGCUGUAUCGAGCAAAGUGGCCAAAGUACUCGAUAUCUUGGUCGAAGCCGAGAAGGAUAGUAGGGCAAAACCGGCGAUACAGUCAGCAAGAUCGAUACAAAACAAGGAGGCGUUGCGUUUGAUUGAUUCGGACCAGAAGACGAAGUCUGGCAAGACAAAAUCAACCGCCCUCCAUGCCGCCGAGGACCCAAUUACCACGGAUUUGAAGGAGAUGUUGAAGGAGAUGAAGCACUCGUUACCGAAGCGGCCGAAGCCGAAGAAGACUGCAUCAAACGAUGGUGAUCUUCUCGAAAAUGUUGAGAAGCACUCACCCGUACCUACGAACAAGACUUCCUACAUCGCCUCGGUCACGACAAGAACAGAAACGUCAAACGAUUACGAGACAGAUAAGCAAAAGGUGUCCUCGUCCGCGCAAACCAGUGGAAACAUUCGUAGAUUAAAUCAGCCUUCUACUUCCGCCGCGCGACCGUCUACUUCGGGCUGGAGGCAGGAAAACGUGCUUUAUAGAACUUCUGGCAAGGGCUCGGCUCUCAUGAAGAAUACUUUCCAACUGAUACGACCGCGAGAUUUCGCCGAAAUAGAAGCUAUGAAAACUACAAAGGGAGUUUCCAGAGAAAACACUUAUGCCAAUGUGAUAGAGUCCUCGCUGUACGCUAAUGCUCAUGUUCCACCUUCUUCGCCUAAGCAACGAUCAGAUCAGGCACAAUCUAAGAAUAUUUUGCAAAACAGUCAUGUCAAGAUACCAGAGAAUAUUGUAAACGAGCGCAAAAUCGCGCCAAACAAAGACGUGUUUAAAGAAGAAGAUGACAAUUUGAUAACGAAGAACAUGAAUACUCUAGCUAUAAAUCGAUUAUUAAGAAAGCUGGAAGGGGCCAUCGCAUCAGGCCAUCAUCAACAAGCGGCGGGAUUAGCGAAGGAAUUGGCAAGGCUCAAGAUCCAUUGUUCCGUGAUACGCCAGCGAUCGGCGGCGCAUCUGAAGGAUCAGUCGAUUAAAGUCAAUAUGUAUAUCGAAGACAAACUUGCUCACCAAGGACCUAUACCACUUCAGCUGCCGACGAGAAUGACGGUAGCCGAGCUGAAGACAAAGAUACACACGGAGUUUGAGAUACCCACAAACGUGCAACGAUGGAUCAUCGGGAAAAACUUGGCUGAUCAUGACGAAGCUACUCUCGACGAGUUACACGCAGUGGAUGGCUCACCGGUGUUUUUGUACCUCGUUGCACCCGAAAUGCAUGUCGACAACGCUGCAGAAAUGCAUGUCGACAACGCAGCAGAAAUACGUAUCGAUAAUACAGCAGAAACAGCUAAGUUGCAACCCGCGAAAGAUGAAGUUCUUACGCCGCAAGAUCCACCAGUGGAAGACUUACCAAAAACAAGCGAAAGUCACGAAAUCACGGAGAAAGAGGAGAUGAUAUUGUCAACAGAUGAGCAUCUAACAGAUGAGCAUUCAACAGAUGAGCAGCAAGAAACAGAUAUGUCGGAAAACGUCAAGAUGGAACGAUACGAGGAACUGAUAUUGCUGGAGAACUGGGACGUCAUCCCGAAUUCCGAGUCAAUUGAAUGCCCGAUAUGCUUCGUUACAUACGGCCCACGUGAGGGUGUAAUUUUGAGGGACUGUUUACACAUGUUCUGCAGAGCAUGCAUCGCUAAUACGAUCGAGUACUGUGAAGAAGCAGAAGUGAAAUGCCCAUACAGAGACGCCGAGUAUACUUGUGAAUCAACACUUCAAGAACGUGAAAUCAAAGCGCUUGUCGAGGCAAAAGUUUAUCAGCAACACCUCGCGAAGUCAAUCGCACAAGCGGAGAAUAAUGCCGGAAAUAAAGCCUUCCAUUGCAAGACACCAGACUGUCCUGGUUGGUGUAUUUACGACGAUGAUGUGAACAAUUUCUUAUGUCCUGUAUGUGGAGCCAAUAAUUGUCUUACCUGUCAGGUCAUCCACACUGGAAAGAACUGCAAGCAAUAUCAGCAAUGGUUACAACUUUCGAAAGAAACCGACCAAGAAUCUAGGAGAACAGCAGCGAUGCUCAAGGAGAUGGUCGACAGAGGUGAGGCCCUUGCGUGUCCCACGUGUGCCGUCGUUCUUAUGAAAAAGUGGGGUUGCGACUGGCUGGUUUGUUCCAUGUGCAAAACGGAGAUAUGCUGGGUCACAAGAGGACCUCGUUGGGGUCCAGGGGGUAAAGGAGACACAUCCGGUGGUUGCAGAUGCGGAGAGAACGGAGUCAAGUGUCAUCUCAAUUGCAAUUACUGCCACUAAGGAAUUAGAACUGCCGCGAUAAUGGGCGAUGCUUGCGAUGACAAUGAAAUGUCCUAGAAAUGCUUUUAUACUAUUAUGUGCUGCUAUAACGAUUUACGAACCCGAUCGUGGCACGCAAAGAUAUUUUAUAUAUGUCUAACAUAAGUCCGAAGCUCAAUAAAUCAGUGUGCGAUAAAAAUUACACCACUCUUGUUCAACGAUUAAUAUUAUCGCGACAUCAUUCUUAAUUGAAUUCGAAUGAGGUUGUAAUAAAAAGAGGGAUACAUCUGACUUUGUACCGAUACUUCUUAUUCUUACCGUAAAUAUGAGACAGAGAAAUAAAUCGUACUUUACUUAAAGCUUUAGAUAAAUCUAGAACAUUACAAUAAAUUAUCGAUACAAAUGUUUUUGCAAUUAUACAGGCACCGAUUUUUCGUUCUCAUCGGGAGCUGUUUCGUUUAGACUGAUCUGUUUUAAUCGAGUAACCAAUGCGGAUUGAUGAUGCGUGAGCUGCUGGUUCAAGUUGUUACCGCCUGCAUUUUGUAGCAUCUGAACAAGAUGCAUUCGUGAUGUUGUAAGAUCCAAUUUGCCGUAUCUUAAAAAUUUCUCCUUGUUCAGUACGCGUCCUUCCAGUACACCCGCU